AGAAAACUAGCAGCGAGGGUUGGCUGAAGUUUCCACAAGGGACCCCCUCCCAACCCCCCUUGUAUUUACCAACAAACGAGCCUCUAUUUCUCAGCACUGCGCCGUCCCACGAUCACGGAUCCUCUCUGACAAAAACCUUCCUCUACCUCGACUAAUAAAUGCCAAGAAAAACAACAGAAGCGCCAAUAGAUAAGGAUCGCUGCUCAAAACUGGAAGGGAAGACGAACAGUCGGACCAACACGUAGAAAGAAAAGAAAAAAGCGCACGGAUCGUCGCUGUUGCCUUUCUCAAUGCAUACCCUUUGUGCCCGGGGAACGAUGAAACCAGAGAUCAACGCCGCCGUCGGAUUUCUGUCGAGAUUUCUGAGGGUAAAAGGACACGUAAACGAUCGACAGGUCCAAACGUUCAGCCAAAGCUUACAGGAUAUUUUGGCAGAACAAUAUCAGCACCACUGGUUCCCAGAUAGGCCCUGCAAGGGCUCGGGUUACCGCUGCAUCCGCAUCAACCACAAGAUGGACCCACUGGUGGGGCAGGCGGGCCAGCGCAUCGGCCUGACCAUCCAGCAACUCUACCUGCUGCUGCCCAGUGAGCUCACGCUCUGGGUGGACCCCUUUGAGGUGUCCUAUCGCAUCGGCGAGGACGGCUCCAUCUGCGUCCUGUAUGAGUCACAGCCGGGUCCGGUUGGAAUGCCAGUGUCGGCCACCACCAGCUCCACCUCAGGAAGCUCCAUGGUGGAAAGUCACCUCAGCUGCAAGGAUGAACUGAGGGUUCUGGGCAGAACCAGUCCCUCCAAAGCCUACAAUAAUAUGAUGACAGUGUCCAGUUAAAGGGGGCACACUGUCACCUCCCCCAGCCUACUUUUGUUCAGGGUCACGCCGUGGCUGGUCAGAUCAUGGUGAGCCUUUUUAAAGCUAAGAAAAUGAAAUGAAAUAGUGAAAUAAGAAAAAAAAGGCAAAAGGAAAAAAAGAAACACAGGAUGUGGCCUAUCAUCCAGGUGAUGGAAACCUAGUAGUUUUUUUUUUUUUUUUUUUUUUUUUUUUUUUAAAUCCCCGUUAUCUGUUGUGUUGUCAGUGGUUCAGCUGGGCACUCUGUUUUUUUUUUGUUUGUUUUUUUUUUUUAUCAUUUUAUUUUAUUUUAGGAGAGGCUUUGUGGAAAUUGAACUGUUGGGGCAGCUAAACCAACAAACCAACCAGGAACACCCCCACAUGGAGACUGGCUCUGCACUCCCCCCACCCUCCCCCUCCUCACAUUCAAAACCUUGUUAGGCUCCACCUCUGAAGGGGCUAUCCGCAUAGACUUUGCACUUUUCUUACUUGUGGUUUCUAUGGGUACAUGUUCAACACACCACUGCAAAAAACACCAGAGUCCAAAUUGUAAAGAUUUUUUUUCCAGGAUUUAACACUUUUUUUUUAUCUCUACAUGUUUGUUUCUCAGUUGUAUGUUUCCUGGGUGGGGAGGAAGUUGAGGCUUGGCCUGCACCCACUGCAAUCCAAGCUCAAGGUAGAGAAACAAAUGAGAGCAUCUCUAUUUUUUUGUUUUUGGACCACAGGGAAACAUUUUCUCUAUCUUGCAGCUCUGAGGGGGCAGCUUGUGGUUUAAGCUUCUCUUCCUCCCCCCUUCUUUACCAACAGUGAAUUUUAGAAACAUCCCGGCCUUCUUGCCUGUAUGUGAGCGCAAGUGGAAUGUGUUGUGGCACCUGUUACCUAUGGAUACCGGCGUGUCCCAUUGCACUGUCGCCUUCCCAUUAUCCGUGUAUGUUUAGCUUUCAUGGGAAGGACUGAGGGGGAGGGAUCUGUCUCCUGCCUCUUCCAGAAGUUAAUGAAUGUUGUUGAAGUUCACAAUCAAGUUCUGUGUUGCUGAUAUUUGCCCCCUUUACCCCCCCCCCACCACCACCACUUUGUCACCUCCUGUAUUACCAAAACUUUGAAGUGUAGCAAAAAGGAGAGGGGGUGCUGUUUACCCAAACGUUGGUCGUGUGGCCCAGUUCGAGUUGUCAUUGAAUGCACUUUGACAUGAGAUUGUGUGGGAUGUGUACUUCUUAGAGAAAAAUCGCCUGCAUUCCAUCCAUUCGACUGUCAGCUUUUCCCAGACUUCCCAGUUUUAGCCGUUUGUUCAUACUGUAGCUCCCAUUUUUUUGCUCAGAUUUGGGAGGGUGCAACCCUGGAUUUGGAAACCUUUAACACUGUAAUUGUGAACAUUUCACAGCUGGAUGGAGAGUAUUCCUGGUGGUAUGUUAGACAACCUCCAUCAUUGUUUCAUAUGGCACUGCUGACUCUGGCACAAGCUGUUUCCCAAACACACCGGUGGCUUUUUUUAAAAAUUUUAUUUAUUUUAUUUUUUUUUUUGCUGAUUUUUGAAGAAGGAAAAAAAAUAUGUUGGAAAGAUCUUGACAGAGUAAGAAAUGUGAGAUUUUGGCCUAAAAGAGGUCUGUAGCACCCCUGUUGUGAUGAAACCCACCAGGUCUGGUCCCCCGCUCUGUUUUCGUUGCGUAAUAGCGAGAUGUGGUUGUGUUAACUGGAGGUACACUGCCUUAUGGAGACCUUUCUUUUUUAAUGAAUUAUGAGCCAUUUGUGAUACUAAAGUAACAUCAGGCUUAUGAGGACCUGGCCAGGUGCAUUGUGCUGCCUGGAUCCUCACUAGAGGUGUCCUCUUUCCAACUUGGCAGCUUCAGUCCUCCCAUCACCCCUCCCUGCUGGUGUGGGGCAUAGUGACUCAACUGCCAUAUAUCACCCCUCGGCUCAGACCUCCUGUUCAGCCAAAAGCAAGCAAGCCAGCAUGCUGCUAGCCGACCCCCUGUGGAUGCAGGUAGACUUAAUGUGACACAUAUCAUCAUUCAUCACUGUGGGGAGCUGGGUAAGGACGGUCGGGGUGGGGGAGCUGGUGUGAGAGAACCCGGGGGGGGGCCAGGGCCGGACUAUUUAGUCCAGGGCAGCUAAAAUCCCUCCAGCCUCCCCCCAUCUGGACUUGUUCAAUGUCUCCCACCCUGACCAGAAGCCCUACGCCCUCCCACAGCAGUGAUGGAUAACCAGCACACGCGCCUGGCGUGCUCAAGCUGCAUGAGGGGGUCUAGUGAGAGACGAGGAAACGUGGAUCUAAGAUGAAGAAUUGAGGGUACUGGGCCAUUGUUUUCAUCUCACUGGAUCACGCUGCACUUCAUUUUUGAAUUUGCGUUGCGACUUUGUUUACAUGCAUAUGAAAGGAUGUGGAGGCUUUCUGAUGCAUCCCCCCACCACCACCACCACCACCACGCUCAUGGUUCUGGUGGUUGAUGGCGUGGUGGAACAGAUGCUGGGGUGUUGCACAGACCUUAGCUGCUGGCCAAAUCUGUCACGGCAGGCUGGUUCGUCACUCAUCACCAGACCUAUGGGUGUUUAAGCUCCACUAAGCCUGAGAGGAUCAUGGGUAAUAUAGCUAUAGCCUUUGAUGCACUGCAACCACACCCCCACCAAACUGUCCCCCCCCCCCCCCUCUCUCUGCUGAUACUCCCUUCAGCAAUCUGUGAAAAGCAGUGAUUCCAUGUUGGCCAGAUGGAUGGGAGGCUGCUGGGAUGGGAGCCCAGAGCUUCAGUUUCCAUGGUGGACACCAGUUUUAUGAAACCAUGCUGCUCCACUAUAGAUUUUUUUUUUUCUUCUUACUUUUUUUUUUUUUUUUUUUUUUAAAAGUCAAGACAUUUUGAGAUUUGGUCUAUAUUUCAGACGCAAGAUGAUCGUCUCGUCUCACUUUUUCUAGUCACACUGGUAAGCUUCAUCGCUCCACUCAUCCCCUAUGUUCUCCUCUACAUCCUCUUUUUUUAUUUCUUAAAAGAGGAUUUUUAGUUUGAUAUAAUCCACUUUUAAACAGGUUUUAGAGCAACAAAAAAGUAAAAAAAAGAAAAUCAAUCCAAACCCCCCCUCUGGCACCUUCUGAAUUGUUCCAUCACCCCAAAAUUGGUUUUAGUAAUAUUGAUUAUUUAAAUGGAAUCCAUUCAGCUUAUGCGCACAUAGGUUACAGAAUUGUUGUUGAGUGCUUUGAGUAUUCAGAGGUAAAAAUAGCACAUAAAUGCACUAAAUGUCAAGUUGAAGUUGUGACUUUUUUUUUUCUUCUUGAGACGCGAGGAGUCUCUCCUGGAAUGUAUUGCCAAACUCAGGCCUCGGACAUUUAAUACUCUUAUUGAAAAGUUGUACAUGUUAAGAUAUGGAACCGGAAGGUUGUCAAUAUUGUCGUCAUCGAUCAGCUGAAUUAUUGCCACUUUCACAUUUGAGGUGUUUUACAUUAUAGUAGAAUGUAUUGUUAACUGUACAACAAAUGGUAGAGUGCAUAACAUUACACAUGGGAAGUGCCAAUAAUUGCUAUCCUGAGGUGUUUUUAGAUGUCUUCUGUUUUUGUAUUUCAUCUUUUAACAUGGAUUAUGCUUUUCGUAAGUGAAGCCAUUUGUGAUGGGAGUGUUGGCAAGGACCAAAGUUUUGGUAAAAAAGAAAACAACUUAGUUUCCAUGAUCUGUAAGUGUAGACGUAUCCUUUUGUUUUUGUUUUCUUUCUUCUUUUUUUGUUUUGUUUUUUUUUUCUUUGUUUUUCUUUUUUUCUAUUUACAUAUAAAACAAUAAAAUAGACAAAAAAAUCUUGAGCUUACCCAAGAAGAAAAGCUGUAUCUUGUGAUCUCAUGUUAGUACAUCUUUAUCGUGUUCAGUUUCUUUUCCUUGGGUAUGUUGUGAUGAACUGCUGUAAAUUUGUACAGUUCAUGUAAAUUGAUUGUGCGGAAGUUGUACAGAUUUCUAUAUUUUGAAAGAAGUUUUUUUUUUUUUUCUUUUUUUUCUCUGUAAUAAAAGAUUUCCUAUCUUGGCAUCAUAA